AUGUCGUCGCCUGCACUGCAACAUGAGAUGCGGCAGCAGGAGGGGGAGGGGGAGGAGGACAGGUCAGACGAUGACACCAGCAUCUCAGUGAGCGAGAAAAGUGUAGAGAAGAAGUCCAAGAGGAGGAAGCCAAACUGUGUCCCCAAGUCGUGGGUCCGAGCUUCAGAGAGAGUCAGGGGGUGGGUUGAGGUUCGACUAAACGGCACGUUCGGGGUUCGACUAGAGGUGUUCAAUGGAUUGUGUAGCUUCACGAGCGUGUUAUUGUACUGCUUGCAAACGUACGUUGACCGAGCAAGCACGGUAAACAAGGGCCUUGAGAACACAGUCAAGUUGUUGGAUCAGAUUCAGAACGUGAUCAUCAUUUUCUUCCUUUCUGACUUCCUUCUGCGACUUUAUGCUGCUGAGAACCGUUGGAAGCAUCUGCACGACAAGUUCGUCAUCAUCGACAUCGUCACCAUCUUUCCUCCUUUCCUCGUUCGCGUUUCAGUCUGGAGUACUCAGAGCCCAGCUACGAGGGGCUUCACGAUGCCGACGACGGGCAACUAUGACUUCUUGAGGGUAGUGCGAAUGCUCAAGGUCGUCCAUGCUAUCUCAGUCUUGAGGUGGUCGAACUCGUCGAGACUGUCAGCGGCAGACGACGUGUCGAGGAAGAUCUUCAUCUCCUGCGCCGCCUUCUGCUGCAUCCUCCUCUGCUUCUCGGGUAUGUUCCUCGAGCUCGAGAACCAGUUCGGGACCGAGGGCGACAUCUUCCUCCAUGACGCGCUCUACUUCGUCAUCUGCUCCAUGUCAUCUGUGGGGUACGGCGACAUCUCUCCCACCACUCUGAGCACGAAGAUGCUUGUCAUCCUGAUGAUCUGCGCUGCCUACGCCAUCAUCGGGGAUCAGCUCAACCAGUUCAACAAACUCCUCUCCACCUUCUCUCCCUGGGCUCGCGCGCAGUACAAGGCCAAGUCGUCCAGCAAGCAUGUGGUGGUGUGCGGGGAGACGUCGGUCUCUUCGAUCACUGAGUUCUUGGAGGAGCUGUUCCAUCCCGAUCACGGCACAGAUGACAUGCUGCUCUUUGUUGUCAUUGUUGGCACGGGCAGACCCAGUCAGGCCUUCCAGAAUGUGAUUGCGAACUGGCCGCAGGUCACGUACCUUGAAGGUUCGGUAAUGCAGGAGAGGACGCUCGAGCGAGCGGACAUCGUCAAGGCCUCCUCCAUCUUCCUCUUCUGCGACAAGGAGGCGCGGAACCCCAAGGAGAUGGACACGCAGACGAUCAUGCGCGCGUUCGCCAUCAAGGAGUACCUCAAGCAGGAGAAGAAGGACGUUCCUCUCUUCAUGCAGAUCAUCCAGCCCGAGAGCAAGGUCCACUUCACCUCCUCUGCCUACGGGACCACCAACUACCAGAUCGUCUGCAUCGACGAGCUAAAGCUUCGCCUCCUCGGAAAGAGCUGCAUCUGCCCCGGCUUCUGCACCCUCAUCUCCAACCUCGCGCGGUCUUGCAGCACUUCCUUGCAAAAUAGCGAGCAGUGGAUCGAAGAGUACACCGGCGGCUCCUCCAAGGAGAUCUAUCGCGUCCCUCUCCCCUCCUACUUUUGCGGCAUGUCGUUCGCACAGGCCGUCAACCUUGUCUUCGAGCAUACCUGCUGCACGCUGUUUGCCAUCGAAAUUUCCGACGCAGAGGGAGUCAUGAGGAGCGUGCUGUUCCCCGGGAGGUACGAGAUCCCUUCGGGCCAGUCGCACGCCUACAUGCUGGCGGAGAGUGUGGAGGACGUGGCGAGAGUCUCCGACUUCCGCGAUCACUUCAGGGGCAGGAAGGAGGAGGAGAAGAAGACCGAGUUUGUCAUCCAGCACGAGUCCUCGGCCACCUGCGAGAAGUCCAGGGUCUUCAUCGAGAGGAUGGACAGGUCGUACCACAUCACACGCAUCCCCCGAGAUCUUAGCAGGACCAUCCUGGAGACCGCAGAGAACUUUUCAGGGCACAUCCUCGUCUGCGGCCACAGCUCCUCCAUCGGCCAGUUCGUCCAGACCCUCCGGCAGAAGCAUCUGGUCAGCCAACAGAUCGUCAUCCUCCACCCGGAGAUCAUCACCUCUGCCGACUUCGCCAAGGUCGCAAUCUACCCUGAAGUCUACUUCGUGCAAGGAAGGCCCAUGAACGGCAAGGAUCUCAUCCGUGCUGGCAUGCUCGGCUGCUCGAAAGCUGUCGUCCUUUCAGGGUCCAACAACCCGUCGGCGCAGGACGUUGACGGUGUGCUCAACGAGGAGGCGGCGGCGUCGCUCGUGGACUCUGACAGCGUCUUGACUUACCAUCUCAUCUCCAACCACAACAAGAAGGCAGAUAUUGUCUGCGAGCUCAGGAACUCCGCCAACAUGAAGUACCUGAUGAAGGAGGACAGGAACGCGCUGGAGCGGGAUCACACCCUGUGCCCUCCCUUCGCCUCGGGCAAGGUCUACAUCAACUCCAUCCUCGACAAGCUCAUCUGCCAGCUCAUGUACAACAGCCACCUGAACACCAUCAUCCGCGAGCUCGUCGUCUCCUCCGGCCUUGACCACGACGACUUCACAUCAGGAGACGUCUUCCCCAGCGAGCUCUUCACCAUCCCCGUCCCCUCCUCCUUCGACGGCAAGCCCUUCAUCCAGCUCUUUCAGUUCCUCGUUAGCAAGCAGAACAUCCUCCCUAUCGGCCUCUACCGCCAGCAUCCUACCGACGACUUCGCUCCUCUCCCCUACGUCGUCAGUGCUCCCCCGCGCGAUCUCGUACUCAACAAGGAUGAUCAAAUCUUCACGCUCAUCUCGCCGCUCAUGUCCCUUCCGAGGCCCAAGGGUCUGUUGUACAUCAAAGUACUCCGAGCAACGCUGCAGAAGAGCUGGGAUAUUCGAUUGCCCGACCAUCCCGAGCCGGUGGAGCAGGUGAAGGAGGAGUAG